AUGGCCACUUCCGGGCCGGACGCCGGCGCAGCAUAUCCGCCGGCCGUGGACGUGGCCGAGCAGCAGCGGCUCGUCCAGGUCAUCAAGGACUGGAGCAUAGCCAACGGCCUGGCCGUGCGGCCACCUCCAGCGGCCAUCAGCGCGACCGAGGCCGCGCUGGCGAGCACCUUGGCCAUGGCGGCGCCAGUAACGCUGUUCCCGAGCCCGUUCGCGCGGUCGUGCUUCGAGGAGGCCCAGGCCGCACAGCAGGCAUACAACGAGCUCUACGCCAAGAUUAGCCAAGACGAGGCCUUUCUGGGGCGCAUCGUUGCAGAGGUCGCUGGCGGCGAUGAGUUUACGACCAAGCUGUGGGCAGUGCACGAGCGCGUCAAGAAGGAGGGCUACACGCACAAGCACUCGCUGGGCAUUUUCCGGUCGGACUACUUGGUGCACCAAGAGACGGCCGGUGACACCGCAACUGGAAAGGCCGAGGCGCACUUGCAGAUCAAGCAGGUCGAGUUCAAUACGAUCGCGGCGUCCUUUGGCGGCCUGUCGGGCCAAGCGUCGCGUCUGCACAAGUUUUUGGCCAAGACAGAGUACCCACUGCUAAAGUCCAACACGCCGAGUGACAAGUACAGCCUGCCCGACAACACCAGCAGCCGUGACAUUGCGGCGGGCCUCCAGGCCGCAUUCGAGGUGUACGAGCGCAGUGAACCCAAGACGUCAGGAACGCCCCCGCGGUGCGUCAUCUUCCUCACCCAGGACGGCGAGCGCAACGUGUUCGACCAGCGCCACAUUGAGUACGCCGUCGAGGCGCCCGUGUUCCGCGUGCCGUUCAGCGCCAUCCUGCAGCAGACGAGCGUCGACACGAGCGUGCCGCGGCGGCCGCUGCUGUACCACCACGCGGCUACCCAGACGUUUGAGGUUGCCGUCGUCUACAUGCGCGCUGGCUACGGCCCCUCCGACUACCCGGACGAGUCGGCCUGGGAGGCCCGUUACCAGGUCGAGCGGUCCGCCGCCAUCAAGUGCCCUACAGUGCUGACGCAGGUGGCGGGCACCAAAAAGGUGCAGCAGGUGCUGGCCACGCCGUCCGCCUCGGCGGACGGCGCGCCCUCUGAACUCAGCCGCUUUGUGACCGACGCCGACCGCCAGGCCACCCUGCGCCGCACGUUUGCCAACAUCUACCCGCUCGACACAGAUUCGGCGGCCGGCCGGCAGGCCCGUGCGUGGGCGCAGGACGUGGCCGCGUGCCGCACGUUUGUCCUCAAGCCGCAGCGCGAGGGCGGCGGCAACAACUAUUACAAGUACAAGAUUCCCGCACACCUGCAGACCGUGCCCGCUGAGCACUGGGCGUCGUACAUUCUGAUGGAGCUAAUCACGCCGCCGCCCGUGGCGAAUCUGAUUCUGCGCAACGGACAGGUCGAGCAGGGCGGCGUGAUCUGCGAGCUCGGCAUCUACGGAACCUGCAUUUGGGGCAGCGAGUCGGGCAGUGCCAGCCAACGCAUCCUGCGCAACGAGACGGCCGGCUACCUGCUGCGGACCAAGGGCGACCAAAGCGAGGAGGGUGGUGUGGCUGCCGGGUUUGGCUGCAUGGACUCGGUGAAUCUGGUAUAG